CAGACUUACAAGAAUUACCGACUGUGUCAUUCUGUUUACAGGAAUUUCUAAAACCAGCAAAGCUCAUGUUUAUUGAUAGUAAGUUGACUGCUACCUGGUUUCAGGGGUGAGGAUGAACCACAAAGCAAUGGCAGGGAACGUUUUGCUGUGUUGAAAAUGUUUUCUAUCUUAACUGUUAUAUCUUUACUGUUUUCCUUUUUGGAACAAAACUAAAUUUCACACAACCAUAAUUGAGUAAUCUCUAUAUUUUUCUAACCAUUUCUAAUAGUUCUUUGGAUACAAUCUUUUGUUAACAACAAAGGUAGAAUAUAUUCAUUUCCUCAUGAAUUUUCUGUCUUUUUUUCUGUCCAAAAAUGAGAAGAGCAAUUUUGUUAUCUGUCCUUUCCUUCUGCCCAGAAAUGAUUAAACCUGUAUUUCUUAUUCUCUUCAUAUUUUCUUUCUUUUAAUUCCUUUGUACUACGGUUUCUUCUCUAUUCUCAUUUGCUUUUCCUCUUAAAGUUUCUCUCUCAGAACAAAUGCAGUGUUAAUCCCGAAGCCACUUGUGGGACACUGGCUUCUUCUCCUCAGUUUCCACCCUAAUAUAUUUGUUGAGGGGUAAUUCAAAAUCACUGGGAAACUGAUUAGAGCAGAUUUGAAAAUAAAACUGUGGCUUGGUAACUUAGCAAAAGCAUAAUGGCAAUGGCGUCAUCUUGUAUGCUGAUGAUAACAUUCUGGGCCCUUAGUUACUUUCGUUUUCUGUUUUCCCUCUGGAUGUGUUUGUGUGUGUGUGCUCACACCCAUAAGUGUGACUGUGCACACAUUUGUCUUUGGGAGAGAGAAAAUAGUUUUUGUUUUUCUUUCAGUAGCCAAAGUUUAAACUAUUGCUUUUUCUUUGAUUCUAUCGCUUUUAAGGUGAUCUUUCUUAACACAGGAUAAUAAAGCAGUAAUGUCCUAAAGAAUGCUGUUUAAUUAAUUAGUAUCAGCCUCUCCUACAGCUCUGGAAGGAUACCAGUUCUGUACUACUCCUGGAUGAAUCAGCCACUUGAGCAAUUUUGUGUUCUGUAGUUCAGAUGAGAAUCCCCGCUGAGAACGUAAGAAAAUAUGUGUUUAUUCUUCAGCUUUAAAUUUUUAUUUCACAACUUCCUUCCUCCUUGGCAAGCUUCUUUUUUUUUUUUUUUUUUUUUUUUUUUUGAGAAGAAAAUUGUAAUAAAACAGUAUGACUAAUAGACAGUCCCUUGGUCACUUCCAGUUUGCAAAAUGCUAUUUAGACUUUGAGUUACUCUUCAAAAGUGGUAUACUUCUAGUUUGGAGCUGUGUUGUAAAGACAAGAGCAACAUUUUCAUAUUAAAGUUAAAUAAAGUUAUAACUUUGAAGAGAGGUUCUGGAAGACAUGACAGAAAGCUGCUAGCAGAAAAUCAAAAAACUGAUUAAAAGAAGCAAGGUAUGAUGACCAAACAUAAAAAGUGUUUUAUAGUUGGUGCUGCUUUAAUAAUAAUAACUAAUAUUUUUACUGUAUGUGUAGUUAAACUAACUCAAGAUUCUCAGAGUUUUUGCCCAUAUGGUUGGAUUGGUUUCCAAAACAAAUGCUAUUAUUUUUCUAAAGAAGAAGGAGACUGGAAUUCAAGUAAAUACAACUGUUCCACUCAACAUGCUGACCUAACUAUAAUUGACAACACAGAAGAAAUGAAUUUUCUUAGGCGAUACAAAUGCAGUUCGGAUCACUGGAUUGGUCUGAAGAUGGCAAAAAAUCGAACAGGACAAUGGGUAGAUGGAGCUAUAUUUACCAAAUCGUUUGGCAUGAGAGGGAGUGAAGGAUGUGCCUACCUCAGUGAUGAUGGUGCAGCAACAGCUAGAUGUUACACAGAAAGGAAAUGGAUUUGCAGGAAAAAAAUACACUAAGUUAAUGUCUCUGAUAAUGUGAAGAACAGAAAAUAACAUUAUUAAGUGUAAACCAAACAAAGCAUUUUUUUAAUUAAACAAAGGUGAAGUUUUGUA